GAGAUAUCUGCCUUUUGUUUUCAUCAGAAUCAACAUAAUUAAUGUGUUAUCACAAGAAAAUGAGCUUUGUCAUCUUGAGAUCACGAAAUUCAUGGUCUCAAUUGCAAGCCGAGCUGUUCUUGGCUUCCACACAUUUGUUAAUCAUCAUGGUUUGGUAUUUUGAGAGCUCUGAGAGUCCUUUGGCUUUACUAAUGUCAAAAGACCUUGUAGGUGUUUCUCAUGGAAAACAGUCUGGACCGAGGGUUUCACAACAUCGUUUGGCCUCCUCGAAGGUGGCAUGAUCACACUGAUUCUGUACUCUUUACAUGACAUUGGCUGUUCUGUAGGCUAUAUUACUGAGUAAAUGUAAUGUAACUUAAUGUUUUUGGUCAAUAAGCUUUAGCAAGAGGUGUUUUAAUAACUAACCAAUAUAUUCAAGUAAGGACAACUGAGGCUCGAUUUUUUUUUCUUUUAUUCAUGGAAGUGAACACUGACUUGAAGUUAAAGUUUUCCACAUCACUGAGGCUUUAAUAAAGGCUGAAAUUCAUUUAUAUCUGUGCUUGGGUGAGGCAGAAACAGUCUGAGCUGACAACUCUCCCAGGCAGGGCUGUUCACAUUAACUGUUUUUAUCAGCUGUUUGUAAAGCCUCUGUCCUCGCUGUCACCAGAUAUUGACUCUCCCAGCUGAAAUCAGUACAUUUCUAAAUCCCUUCCUGUCAAGUCAAUGCAGCGCCGCUAUUGGCUCCAAGCAACCGAUCUGUGAUAAGGCAGCAGCGGCUGUGCACCUCUCAGUCCGCGGGUUUUAUAUGGCAGUUGACUCCAAACCAAGCAAACUGGACAAAUAAAGUGCUUUUUUGUCCUGCAGAUCAAUGAAGUCAGUGGGGCCCUUGCUAUUUUAGACAGACAAAUGUAUUUGUUGCCAUAGCAAAGUUUCCAGGGAAACCGAUCAGUCGGAUGAAACUCGAAGACAGACAAGAAAAAAAAGAGGAGCUGUAUAUCGAAUUAAAGCGCACAGGUGCUCCGUGCAGCAUUGUCUGCUCAGCUGCGUGCGCGUUUCCAGGUCAGAUAGUCUUAUUAUAUAUAAUGAUGAUUUACUGACACACAAAAGCUCUGUGCUGCCGGUGCAAGUGGGGAAAAAAAACACAUUUUGCUCUUUUUGAUGAGGCUGGAGCUGAGGAACAAAGUGUCACGUCUGUUCUUGGCAUUAAAGUUGUCCUUGGUUGAAAGCUUGAUUUCAAAGAGAGAGUGGCAUGUUGGGCUGAACGAUUGACGCAACAGAGUGAAAUCAAUUAAAAUAACCCUUGUUUUUAUCCCAGGGGAAAGAAAACAACAUGAAUAAAGCAGAGUGGCUGUUUGUUUCCUUAUACCCAAUUUCAGUGACAAAGUACUUGCAGAACAAAUGUUUCCAUAACACACCAUGAUCUGGAGAAGUGUUGGUUAUGAACAUGAAACCCACCUGUCAGAUUCCUCUGCCUCUGAUAUGUAACCAGUGUGUGUUCUAGUUGGUUCUGCUGGGAAACACGGAAACGCACAGUUUGAUCUUAUUGGUCAGCUGCAGCCCUGUGCCGUCUAUAAAACGCACAGCAAGCGCUCCGGAGCUGAGACCGUGUGAGGGCGCAGAGCAGCGCCGCGGAGCGCACAGGCUUACCCGGGGAAAAACACCUGUUAACUGACGGAGCAAGUGGACAAAGACGAGUGGGUCCCCUGUCUGUGUUGCUACACACCUGACUGCGUUGACUCCUUGCAGCCCACACAUCCCACUGUCUGGUGGGACCAUGUGGGUUCUGGAUAAGAUCCGCGGAUCGGUGGAGACUGGUGUGCUGCGGCAGGGGGAAAACGGAGACAAGAAAGGCGUCGCCUACAGCAACGUCCUCACCCCAGACAAGAUCCCAGACUUCUUCAUUCCUCCAAAGCUGGUCAGCGGCCCCCCAGAACCUGAGGUUGCUAUUGUGAAACCCAAAGAAGGACUGCAACCCUCAACUUCAGAGCAAACUAUAGGCGGUGGGAAGAAGAUCAGCAGCCCAAGAAGUCCACGCCUGGUCGCCAAGAUCGCAGGAGACACCAAGAACUUGCUGAGAGCUGCAAACCGUCAUAUCAUACAGAUAGAGAGUGCUGAUGAUGUCGGAGACACCAAUGCAGACCCCCAGUCGCAGACAGCAAUGUCCCUGCCUUAUGUGCCCAAGACUCAAACGCCUUAUGGCUUUGCAACCCUGAAGGAAAGCCCACAUACUCGGCGUAAAGAGUCCUUGUUCCACUGCGAGCUCACCAGUCCCAUCACCUCCCCAAACACCCAGAGAAGGACCCAGGGGAGAAGCAGCGAAGCAGGGAACCACUUGAACCCAGCUGACUUCAACACUUCUCACAUGAAUCCGUAUCGGUAUUUCAGCGGAGGAGAAAGUGACACCUGCUCCUCGGCUGAGUCCUCUCCCUUCAGCUCUCCGCUGCUCUCCCGCUCUGCCUCCCUGCUCAAGAUCUUCACCCAUGAGACGCAAGCCAAAGUCGUUAAAGCCAAGCGGACGUUUGCUCGCCACAGCUCCCUCUCCACUGACGAGUGCAGCUCAGCUGAGCCCAGCCCCAACAUCCAGCGACGGCUCCACGUCCCCUCCUGCCACGGAGCCGGAGGAUCAGACCACGGGCUCCAUCGGGAGCAAACCCUCAACCUGCACAAAGGCGGAUCAGUGAGGAUCAGCGCCAACUAUGACUCCAGCACAUCCCGCCUGCUCAUUCGCGUCCUGGCGGCGGAGAGUCUUUACGACAAGCAUGUUGACAUCAAGAGCAUCAACUGCUGCGUGUCCAUCUACCUGAACCCGGGCAAGCUGCAGAAGCAGAGGAGCAACAUCAUCAAGAACAGCCGCAACCCGGUCUUCAACGAGGACUUCUUCUUUGACUCGAUAAGCUCGGUUCAGGUGAAGAACAUGUCUGUGAAGUUCAAGGUGGUGAACAAAGGCACCAGCCUCAAGAGGGACAACCUGCUGGGGGAGCGAGAGGUGCCGCUGACGAAGCUGCUCUCAGGGGUUUAAAGCCACGGGACCUGGCGGUCAAACGAGGCAAAAAACAGGGACACUGAUUAAAACUUAAAUUAGAUGUUUGCACUGGUUUCUAUUCAAAUUGCUGUUUUUGUUCCACUAAAUGAAAACAGUGAACGUUACGAUGAAGGGCGAGGAGCAGGGAGGGUUUCCAGUAAUUGAAAUAUAUUCCUGGAAGGAAAGAAAGGCUUUUUUUUCUGUGAUCUGAAAACACUGCAAAGCUCUGAAAAUGAACCUCUUGAUGUAUGUGGACGGAUGAAGGAUUUACUGUGGUCAAGGCUCGCCUGGAUCCUUCAUCCCCAAUAAUGAAUGCUCAUUAAACCAAGCCGGUCUCGACAGCAACAGAUGAAUUUGACAGAUGAAAGUUUUUUUUUUCCUGGACGUAUCUCCCCCGCCAACUUCCUCAGCCAGGUCUAGUUCAAAGGUUGGACGACACCUGUGCAUCAGCCCGUCUCGCUGUCCUUGCCUGCACUGUGUUGGUCAUGUGUGGCAUGGUUUUAUUAUUGUAAUGUGACAUAAAUCCGCGGCAGCAGAGGAAGCGAGUGUACAUCAGCCGCGCCAUGUGUGCAGCACAAAGAUGCCUUUGUGAAUCGGAGCUUUGAAGUGGCACUACAUCCUGAUGUGCAAAUGACCCUUUGAUCCCAGUUGCCAUGGCCCACCUCCUACUGGGGAAGGCGAGGGACAAACAGAGCAGCUACAAUAGUCGCAUUAAGAUGCACAUGAUAGAAAUAGAAAUUAUAACACAAAGUCCUAUGAUUGGCAUAAUCUGAUCUGAUUCUGUAUUAAUAGAAAGCAGAACUCCAGUUACAUUUAUGUGUUGCCAAAACCUCUAAGUUUUGUCUGUAAAUUAGUAAAAUUAAAGUAACAUUAAGGUUAAAGGUGCCCUGUGGAGUUUUAUUUUAAACAAUUGAACAUUGUCUUCACAUUCAAGCCCCGUGAACAUGUGUACAGAUGUUUUAAAAACAGAUAUUUUCCCCUCUGUUGUUAAAAAAAAAAACGUCUGUCCACAUUAUCUUUGAACUUAGAUAUUAGAAAAAAGUUUUAGUGACCUAAAACUGUUGACGUGUGGAUAAGAACCCAAAACGUAGAGGAAAAUAUCAGUUUUCAAAGACAUCUGUAUAUAUGUGUUUUACUAAAAUGCUUUGUGUGAAUCCCCCAGGUCUAACAAAUGUGUGAAAUGCACUUCCUUCCCCAUAAAACCCAUUUUAAAUAUUUAAAACCCUGCAUUGUUUACAUCCACGCUUGCUUGAUAUCAUUCCUUUAUCUCGACUGCAUUUGACGGUGCAUUACGACAUUUGUUUGUCGAUUAGCAAAUCAGUGUGAAACCAGCGGCAGGAUGUGAAGUGCGGAGUAGCUCUCUCACAAUGACUGCUCCACAGCACUACUCCUGGUCAAAAACUCCACAGGGCACUUUAAAGUUUAUUUUUCUUUUCAGAAAUUGUAAAAAUCUGCCUGUGUAGUAAGAAUGUUUGAACCUGUUUCUCAAGCAAGUCAAUUUUUUUAAUUAAUCGUUAUAAUUCAUGUAAAGUAAAAGUAAAAGAUUGCUUCUGUGCAACAUUCAGACAGGUUGAAAUAUUCCUCCUGCACUCACAUAUUUUUUAAUGUAUUAUUUAAAAAGAAAAGGUUUUAAAACUCAGCUACAGACAGAAAUCCAUGCAGUGCUGGGUACCUGGUUUUUAAUGUCUUUAGUAGCAAACACUUCUAUCUUUAACUGCAUGAAACCCACCUCACUGAGUCGAUGAAUGUGCUAAAAGAAGGAUAUGUGUGCAUGUGUGCACGAUAUAUAUAUAUAUAUAUAUAUAUAUAUAUAUAUAUAUAUACAUAUAUAUACAUAUAUAUAUAUAUAAAACCAUCCUAUAUUUGAUAUAUUCUUAAUUUCUCUUUGGUUGAUGAAAUCUCUCAAGCCUUAUGAAGGACCUGCGUGGACGUCAUGCAUGCCUCAUCCAGUGUGGGCACCUUGAUUAAAUCUUGUGCAACUAGGCAACCAGCUCUUGCCACAUCUUCACUCUGCAUUCAGACCUGCUGGCAACACCUCUGUGUUAUUCUGCAUGGAUUCUCAACACCAAAAACAGCCAAGACGAUGAGUUGAGGAGUUUUUCCUUCAGUCAGACAUGUCAAAUAUUUCUCUCUCUUUUUUCUAAAGUAGCAGCAUUUUACUGAUUUAACUGCUUUUUGGUUCAUUUUGAUAGCAGUGGGACGAGAGGCAAGGUGACUCAGAGUCACACUUUUUACUGUGUAAAUUAGACAUGUUCGUCACGUUAACACAAUUAAACAGUCGUCGAUUUAUGCAACCAGGCUGCUGCCUUAGUCACAGUUUCGGCAGUGGACAAAUACAGUACUUGUGUGCAUGCAAAUGUAUUAAAUGUCUCACGUGAGAAGAAAAAGAGCACUCGUGUCACAGUGCAGAGAACCAGUUGCAUGGCAUGAAUAUGUCACUGACACACUGGUGUUUGCAUGACAUGCUCAAAGUUUUAUGAAACCCCAAAGCCUUACGAUGUACUGUAUGAGAGUGUGUGUGUGUGAGAGAGAGAGGCAGAGAGUGUGUGUGUGUGUUUUUGAUUAGCAUGAGAUUUCGUCCAAAGUUGUUGAUUUUCUAUGUACAACAUGUAGUAUUUUGUAAAAUGCUUUUAAAUGGUUUGAAUCACGUGUUGGAUUUGUACUGUAAAGAUAUGUACUAGUUUCUACAAGCAAAAUGCCAAUUAUGCACCAAUGAGUGAGACGUGCUGAUGAGAGGCAUUUUAAUUAUGCUUCUAAUGAAGCCCGGGAGGAAGACAUGUUUUUAAAAAAGAAAUGAGGCAAACAAGGAAAACAAUAUCAUGUGUUUAGACGUGAACAGCAGCUCUCGCCUCUCUCUGCGGAGGAGAGAAGAGAAGACAGAGACAUCAGAGUGAUGCAAAUUACCGAGGUGUCUGUCUGACACACUGCCCCAAAGCUUCACUUUAAUUCUGAGAGGAUUACUCUCGCCUGGUGUUUAUAGCUCAGUCCUGGCACUGUUCUUGAUAUACGGUCUCUAUAUAUACAGUGACACUGCUGGUUGGCUUUGUUAUGGUGUGAAAGUCAGUGAUCUAUUGUAAUCUCUGUUGCAAACAUUCGGUGCCUGCUCGUAGAGUUAUUGUAUUUUUUACUCAGACUUCCUGAACUGUACUCAACCCUGUUGUUACUGAACCCUUCCUGAAGUUCCUUCUAGCAUGACUAACAUACUUUAGUAGUGUCGGUAAUGAAUUUCAGUGGAUUCAUAUUGUGCAGUGGUGAGUCGCCUUGUGCUCUGAUUCUAGAUGAGGAUUUGCUACCGACAGGAAUGUUUAUAAUGAUACACCUGAAAUGUGGGUGCUGAGUUCUGCAAACUGUGUAACAAAGUCCUGUUUUUUGUUACUAAUUGCUUUGACUGUUUUCAUAUGGCUUAUCAUUUAAUGAACGUAGGGAGAAAAAAUAAUACACAGUUAUCUGAGUAGUCAUGGCCAGGCUUUGUCACAGAUUCAUAUUCUGCAAAUGUGGAAGAGUUGGGCCAGGAAACAUAUCUGAGAGCUUAAUAGGAGGUGUUAACAUUAUUACAGGUUUCAAAUUUUUAAAAAGUUUAUCUUUGACUUUCCGUCUUUCCCUCAAGCUCAGAAAAAUCUGUAAUAUAUUUGAUAAAAAAAAAAAAACAUUCUGGGCUCAGAGUAAUAUUUCUCUUCCUGUCUCUGAAUAUUUUCAGAAAAGGUAGGAAGUGAAGAUAAAAAUUAGGUUUUAUAUUUUACAUUUUACGACACAGCAAGCACAAAGUUGCUGUUCAAAGCUGCUCAUUUUUGAACAGGGAAUUCAUGAUAAAUUGGUUUGUGCCCUUUCUAUUGCUGUAGCAGAUUUUGAGUUUAGCUGAAGGAUUAUCGCACAUCCACAGAAAUAUAUCGGACAAUGUAUAGAUUAGCACUGUGGUUCCCAACUGGUGGGUCAACAUCCAAAAGUGGGUUACGGGUCCUUUCUGAACGUGACUUACAAACAUGUCAAGUCUGUAAAAAAAACACUUUAUUUUGAAGUACAAUGAAUUUCGCAGCACAGAGCUUUUAUUCUGAAAUGCUGUUUCCUGCUGUAGAGUGAGUGACUAAUGAUGGACAGCUGAUUGACAGAGACAGAAAAACUAGCUUGAUGACAUAGCCAAGCGCAUGACCUUGAGUCAAAGACUGAGAAGAAAUCUGGUGGCUGGAGCAUCUGGGAAGCACUGGAUUAGCAUAUACAUUGCAGAGCAUAGACUGUGUAAUGAAGAUGGGUGACUUGACAGCUGCCCAAAAGUGAAGCCAAAAAAUCUUGAUCGCACCCUGGUGGCUGGCUGCAGUAUAAGUUAUAAAAGAAAAGAUCAGACUACACAUCAAAUCAAGUUUUUCCGCACAGUGUGUGUUUUUUUCUGAUAGCCAAAGUUUGAUUUAAUUAGCUAUUUAAUGCUAUAAAAAGCUUGUGAACUGAAUACUACAGAUAUGGUGACUGCGCAGACUCUGGCUCCAAAUUACAUCAACAGUGCAAGAUGGCAGCAGCCGUAUUGGGGAUAUUUUGGCUUCAUUUUUGUACAGUGGGAGGAAGUGAAGGGUCGUCAUCCAUCUGUUAUACAUACUAUAGUUAGAAGUGCUAAAAAGCUCACGUGAAAAAAUAGUCCUUUUUUUCCCCCAGCUGUAGUUUGUUUAACUAUCUGACAAGACAAAACAUCCAAAUAGUAAAAAAAAAUCACUUUUGAGGUAGUCACAAAAAAAUUAAACACUCCUCUCCAUUUAACUAGUCAGUAACUUUGCUAGCAAGCUAAUGGUCAAAAUUGUAGAAUGGGUUAAAAACAAAGAGCUAACUUUGGUUCUCAUAACUGGUGGGGAAAAUGUUGCCGGUAGAAAGAUGUUGUUACCACCUAAUUCAUGUAAAAGUGUUCAUCCUCUGAACAGGGGGCAUUUCUUUUCUACUUUUAUCUGUCUAAGAUAUAGGCUAUAGGCUCAAUUUCCUGCUACCAUUAGCAUGUUAGCCUGUUAUUUAAACAUCAGUCUCAAAGUGCAGCUGAGGCUGAUUCGACUGUGUUCGCCAAAUUGUUUGACAUUUUUGAAAAAGGCUUCUUUUUUGCAUUCUUGCCAAGAGUUAGAUGAUAUAAGAUAGAUACCAUAUCUGAGCUAGGGCCAGGAGGCAGUUAGCGUUAGCUCAGUGUCAAGAUAGCAAACGGGGAAAGUGCUAGCUUGGCUUAUUUAGAAGUGAGUAAAAAUAAUACGCCUACCAGCACCUCUGAAGUUGUCUUAUUUAAGAAAUACUUUACCCACAAAACAACCAUUUUGUACAUCAGUUACUCACCUUGUGUUAGGCUUGUAAGAGAAAUCUUUGUUUUUUAGCAUUCCCCAACGAUGAACGAAGAAUCCAAAAUCGGAGAUACACAUUGAUGAAUUGAAGUAAAAGGGGUCCCCACAGUAAACUAUAACAAAAUAUCUAUUUACAAACUCUCACACAACUCUUGCAUCAUAAUCCAAGUCCUUUUUAUCCAGUUGCAUGCUCAAUACUUCCCAAACACGCCUGGGCUUGUGCGCCCAUUUGUACUAGUUUUGCCUGUUGGUGAGGCAAAUAAAAUGUCAGCUGAUAAUCUUUUUUUUGGCCAUUUUGCCUUUAAUGGACAGGAAAGCGUGAAGGGGGGAGAGAGGGGGGAUGAUAUGCAGCAAAGGGCCACAGGCUGGAUUUGAGCCCGGGCCGCUGUGGCAACAGCCUUGUACAUGGGGCGCCUGCUCUACCACUAAGCCACCGACGCUCCAUAUCAGAUGACACUCUAAGUAAUUAGAAUUCACCCCCCUGGGGACAAGGAAUGUUUGUGCCAAAUUUUAUUACAAUUUAUCCAAUCCAUAUUUCACUCUGGAUCAAAGUGUUUAACCAACAAACAAACGUCACCUUAACCAGGGUCGUGCUGAUCAUGUGCUUAAAAACAAGGUUGGUUAUUUCAAAUGCUGACAUUUGUUUGAUCCACAGUGGAAUUACCAGAUUUACGUUCCCAUUAUCCAGCCUGCUGGUGGAAAUCAGUCCUUGUAUCCCUGCACUCCAUAGCUGUUUAAUUAAAUAAGGUCCAGAGAGGCUUGACUGAUAACAUUUGAAAUGAGAAUUGAGUGAAGAGUAGGUGCUGGUGUGUGUGAGAUACUGAGAAUGGCGGAUGUUGGAUGUUGUAUGUAAGUGACGGUCUCAUUUAAUGUCCUCAUUUAUGUAUAUAUAUAUAUAUAUAUAUAUAUAUAUAUAUAUACAUGUAUAUUGUGCAUAUGCUGAAGUGUCCCUCAAGUCUUCCUGUCUUGACAGGUUCUCUCGUAAAACUGAAACUGAAAAGCGGCCGUCCAUUACUUGACAGUGAAAUCUUUAUUUCUCUCCAGACGUAGAUAAUGAUAGAAGCUGGUUUAAAUGUUUGGUUGCUGUGCUUGUUGUGCAUCCAGCCUGUGCGGGUGUUUUUUACUGUGAUGCUACAACCACUGACAGCUGUUACUUACUGUGUUAAUGGGUGUGAAAUACUUUAAUUAAAGGAAAAGUUCCACAGCA